AGUUAGGCUUACUUUUCGCGUUGACUGCAACUGCAGGUUCAUCCACGGCUGUAAUGAGCAGCAUGUGUACCGGUUCCACCACUGGCAGAUUAUCGACACGUUCAUUUAUUACUCCCACCACAUGGUCACGGUUCCCCCUCCGGGCUGGAUUUCGGCUGCCCACAGGCAUGGCGUCAAAGUUCUAGGAACUUUCAUCUUAGGCAAGGACGGUGGCAAAACUAUUGAUGAGAUCAAAAACUUAGGUCUCGUGCCCCAGGUUGCAGCCCAGCUAGCACAUGUUGCAUCCGUGGGCCGGUUUGAUGGAUGGCUAAUCAGCAUCGGGUGUGAAGUGCAGCGCAGCAGCGUUCCAGUACUGAAGGACUUGCUUAAGGCCGUCACCACAGAAGUACACAAAGCCGUGCCUGGCUCCCUUGUCAUCUGGUACGACGCUGUCGACGCCAACGGAAAGGCCAAGCCACACAACGAGCUCAACGAAAAAAACUCGUGCUUUCUCGACUUAUGCGAUGGCAUCUUCCUCAACUUCCGGUGGACUGAAACCAUGCUCCAGAGGUCGGCACAAGUGGCAGGCAACCGCAAAGCCGACGUCUACGCUGGGGUCGACGUGUACGCACGGGGCACGCCGUAUUCUGGUGGCUUCGACACGUACAAGGCCGUUCAGCUGGCUCGUAAUUGUGGUUUGUCAGCUGCUGUCUUUGCGGCCGGCUGGGUCUACGAGACGAAGGAAAAAAACAGUUUUGCAAGAAGCCAGUACCGGCUUUGGACAUUUCCGGAUGACUGCUGCUCUGAAUGGCGUCUCACCGAGCUGCCACUGUCCACAAGUUUUUGCCAAGGCUUUGGCAGCAAGGCGUUUGCAGCUGGCAAGGCAGGUCAUCUUCAUUAAACACCAGUGUCACGUGAACAGCCGCAGCAGUCA